UUCAUAUGUGGACACAUCAAACUCUCUCAACUCCUGUACUUUUGACUUAAUCUCAAGAGUGAAAUAAGACGAAGAUUAAUUAUUUAUAUUUAAAACAAACGUGUGUCUCUAUCAGGCUUCUGUCUCUGGGAAUUAUGUCUGGACAAAAGCAGAAUUUGCUGUGGCUGAUGAUCAUCUGUUGUGCUGCGUGCCAGAUAACCUGCUCAGAAAAUCUGAUCCAAAUCAAGGUCAAUUUGACAGAUCAGUGUUUCUGGAACCAAAGUAGCUCACCGUAUUCAGAUAUAAUUCAGACACCUCUAUCAUAUGAUCUAGAAAGAUGUCACACAAUGAAUGUCACUCUAAACAUCUCUUCUCGAGGACGAUGUAGAUCAUACAAUUUCACCAUAGCAAAACAGAAGGAGAAUUAUGAAAUCAGAAUGAAUGAGGAGAUUAAAGACAUUCAACUCAGGUUUUUACGUAAUGAUGAUUGUCUGCCAUCAGCCCCGGAAGAAGCUAAAACACAAACAUGUCUAUCAUAUGAUCUAGAAAAAUGUCACAUGAUGAAUUUCACACUAAACAUCUCUUCUCGAGGACAAUGUAGAUCAUACAGUUUUACCAUAACAAAACAGAUGGAGAAUUGUGAAAUCGGAAUGAAUGAGGAUAUUAAAGGCAUAGAACUCAUGUUUUUACGGAACGGUGAUUGUCUGCUGGAAGAAGAAGCAGCAUCAAGGAAAUGCAUUCUGCAUUUAAAUAACAUUGACUGGAUGUGUGUGACAUAUGAUAAGAGCAAUAUUGAUGAAGUUGUCGAAGCCCCAGAAGCAUCAAACUACUUGGGAAAAAUGGAAUCUAAGAUGGAAGAGAUGGAUAAAAAACAUAUAAGCAAACAAAUUAUCAACGGGAAGGCUAUUGGUCUUCUCCAAAUACACGAUGAGAACACAACAACCGAAGACACAUGCUACUCAUCAAAUCAGAACAUGAUAAACGUUGUUGACUGUCAAAGCAUCCCAAAUACAAACUUUUCAUGGGCUGUAAAGAUUCCCAAGGAAGCUGUGAAUAAAUCACGACAGGAAAACAAUGGAUGUGCGUUUGUUGCUGUUCUACAGUUCAAAAAUAUGAGAAAUAAGAAACAAACUAAAAAUCUAAGCGUUUUGAAUGAUGAGGUUUAUGGAAUAACAAUGAGGGCCAAUAUCUCCAACCUUACCAACAAUAUUGAAAUGCUCUUUGGACGUAAUGAUAAGGGCAGUAAAGCAUCCUGUGUUUCUUGGGAUGGCAAAGGAGAGCUUAAUUGGACGACAUUCGGCUGUGAGACAGAAAUCAACAACAACACCAUAAAGUGUUCCUGCUCACAUCUGACGUUCUUUGCAGUGCUGAUGUCUCAGUCAGAUGCAAAGAUCACAGCAAAGGAUCUGGAAUCACUGACUUAUAUCACUUCUGCCGGCUGUGGCAUCUCCAUAUUUUUUCUGUCUAUUGCUUUAUUCAUGCAUUUCCUGUUACGGAAAGCCAAGUCAAAUCAGGCCACGAAGAUCCUGAUGAACAUGUUUGUAGCUUUGUGUCUACUAAAUAUCUCGUUUUUGUCAAACGAGAGCGUCGCUAACACAGGAGACAACGCUGUGUGUGUCUUCAUAGCGCUGCUCCUGCAUUACUCCAUGCUGGCCUCAUUCACCUGGUUCUUCAUUCAAGCUCUUCAUAUGUACUUAUGGCUCAUCAGACAGAACGUCUCCAUCACAAACUACAUGAGGAAGAUCACCGUGUUGGGCUGGGUGUGUCCGGCUCCAGUAGUCACAGUUAUCGUUUCUGUAGGAGGAUAUAAAGGAGUGAUCCUAAACACAACAUCUGGAAAAAUCACACGAAUGUGCUGGAUUAAUGAUCAUUACAUUCACUACAUAGUGAACAUCGGCUACUAUGCUUUAGUUUUCGUCUUCACGGCAGGAAUCUUCAUCAUGAUCGUCACUAAGAUCAUUCAGUCCAGAAUCAUAAGAUCGACUGAAGACAAGAGAAAGAUGUUCAGAAAGCAUCUGAUGAUGGUGUUGAGUUUGUUCCUGCUCUUCGGUCUGACGUGGUCUGUGGCGUUCUUCAGUUAUGGACCGAUGCUCAUUCCCUCAUAUUACAUAUUCACUGUGCUGAACUCGUUUCAGGGUUUCUUCCUCUUCCUGUAUUACUACCACAUUCACAAUGAUGUCGCGGGUCAGUUCUCUGAUGAUCCAGAAAACACUGACUCCAACACAACCAUCACUCAAUCCAGCAUUAACGCUGUGGAAAAUAUUUAUAACUAGCAUGAUUAAGACUGAAGACUAAAGUUUUAGUA